AUGGCCGGCCGCAAGCGCAAGGCGCCCUCGAGGUCGAAGACGUCCCAAAGCGACCUCCCAGAUGUAUACCAAGAUUUGCUGGCCGAGGCUGGCGCCGGCCCGUCUACGCAGCCUCAUGCGGAGGAGUCACCAAGGAAGCGUAGACGGCCAGGCGAGAGGCCGGCGACACCAGCUGCGGCGCCAAAGCCUCCCGAGACGGAGCAGGUUUCGGAGGGCGACGACAGCGACGAUGAGCUCGAGUUUGAAGAUGUCCCCAUCCCGGCGCCAAACCUCCAGACGAUGUACCUGGACACUGACGAGGAGGACGAGGACGAUGAGAUGAUCUUCGAAGAUGUGCCCAUCGUACCCAUGCAGACCAGCCCCAUCGUUGCCGCACCCCGAGCCGACCUCGAGCUGAACCUGACAGCGCAUCGAGCAGUUGCGCCAAAGGCACCAAUGAGACGGAAACCAAUGACCAAGGCGGAGAGAGACCUCCGGAUUCACGCCCACAAGUCACAUUUGUUAUGCUUAUUGAUUCACACGGCGCGGAGAAACCGGUGGUGCAACGACAGCGAGGUGCAGAACAGCCUGCGUCCGUUGCUGUCAAAAAAGGUCGCCUCGCUGCUGAAGCCGAGACCGAACCUAUCUCAGUUUGGCCAAACUGAGUCCCUGAAGGAUGGUCUCGAGCAGAUCGGCCGCACCUUCAAGGCCAAGUACCAGGUGACCGAACGUGGUCUCCGUCGUUGCCUUUGGGCUGAAGCACCUGAGCAUCUAGAAAAGUAUGAACCCCCAGACGACAUGGACUCGUGUAUCGGGAGAGAUGAUUUUCAGACUGCGGCCCGAACGCUCGAAGGAUCACGCGACACGGGUGCACAGCUGCUAUGUGCGUUGCUACGGUCAGCAGGUGUGCAAGCUCGUCUAGUGGCCUCCUUUCAACCGCUGAGCUUCACAGCCGGCGGUCCAACCUUGCCGAAGCCCCAGACAGUCAAAAUGACGACUUCGAAAGCCAAGGCCGAGGAAAUGCAGCGCCUCGCCAAAGCCAAACAAGAAGUGGCGCCUUCACCGGCCAUACCCUCGGCCAGGAGGCGGCUCGGCCAUCCCAACGCGACGGCAUACCGCGUGCCGACCAUGACGGCAGCGCCUAGCACGUCGCGGCCCGUCAAGAUUCACAAACCGCUCCGUGAGUCUCCGUAUCCGGUGUACUGGGUCGAGGUUCUCGACGUGGCGCAUCAAAGGUGGCAACCUGUCGAUCCCCUUGUGACAGAUACACUGUGGAAGCCCGCGAAACUCGAGCCACCAGCAUCGGACCGAGAUAAUAACUUGACCUAUGUGCUGGCGUUUGAGUCUGACGGCACAGCCAAAGACGUCACGAGGCGCUAUGCGAAGGGAUACGCGGCAAAGACACGCAAACUGCGGAUAGAGACUGCCGAAGCAGACGGCGCGCAGUGGUGGGCCAAGGCGCUCAAGGUGUUUGCGCGACGGCGACCGACGGAUGUCGAUCACAUCGAAGCCAGCGAGCUCGAGGCGACGGCGUCACGAGAACCCAUGCCGCGCAACGUGGCCGAUUUCAAAGACCACCCCAUCUACGCGCUGGAACGACACCUGCGGCGCCACGAGGUGCUCAAAGCCGACGCGCAGCCGGCGGGGACAGUGAGCGCCGGCAGCAGGGCGCCGCUGGAGACGAUCUACCGGCGACGGGACGUGCGGAUCGCCCGCAGCCGCGACAAGUGGUAUCGCAUGGGGCGAGACGUCAAAGCGAUGGAGAUGCCCGUCAAGUUUCUGACAAGGCGGAUCAACACCAAGCCCGGGGAGUACGUGGAUGACGGUUACGGGGGCGACGUGCGCGACGCCGAGGGGACGCCGGUGUUCACGGAGGAGCAGACGGAGGAGUACAGGCCGCCGCCGGUGGUGCGGGGGCGGGUGCCGAAGAACAAGUUUGGCAACAUCGACCUCUACGUGCCCAGCAUGGUGCCCAAGGGGGGCGUCUGGAUCGCCGACGACAGCGAGGACGAGCCUUCGUCUGCGCGGGCGGCGUUCAUCCUGGGCAUCGACUACGCGCCGGCACUCACUGGGUUCUUGUUCAAGGGGCGACAGGGCACAGCGGUGCUCAAUGGCGUCGUGGUGGCCGAGGAAUACGAAGAGGCCAUGCGGGCGGUCAAAGCCGGGCUCAGCGAUGUCGAAGCACAGCAGCAGCAGGACCGCAGAGCCACGGCAGCGCUGCGAAUGUGGAAGCGGUUCCUCAUGGUCCUACGUAUCCACGAACGGGUGUAUGCCGGUGUCAGCGCCGAGGAGAGGGCGGCAGACGAGGCAGGGCGAGGGUUGGUGGCUGAUGGGGAUGAAGAGGGCCACGGUUCGGAUGCUGCGACGGAGGCUGAGCGCGAGGAUGAAGUGUUAGAUGAGGAGGAUCUCGAGCCGCUUGAUGAGGUGGAUGCAGACGAAGAGGCAGCCAGUGAAACGACCGAGGAGAUCACCAUGGCGGACGAGGACUUUGGUGGUGGUGGCUUCAUGACCGAGGGUGAUGACCUGGGCGGUGGCUUCAUGGUUGACUGA